GGCCAGCAGCACCUCAAUCCCUGAGUCCUCCCCUGAGUCUCAACCUUUCAAGUAAUCUUCCAACUGUUGAACGAUGAGUGAGGGUCCUUUCUCACUCACUGAAUGUAUGUAGUUCUAGAAUUCUGCCUCCCCAGUCUUAGAAAUGUCAGGUAGGUAACUGUGAAACGGCCCAAAAAUAACUACAAGACUUAAGCUGAUCUUAUUUUUACGAUUUUGCAAACCCUAAAACUGCAUUGUCGUUUAAGGUUUUAAUUUAAAAUUAAAAAAUGCCUUUUUAAAACCGUGGUUCAUUAGUUAUGAGCGCGCCCAGGCUGUCCUACGCAUCUGUAGAUUUUAUUACCAGCCACUUGGGUGUCACUGCCCCUCCUCCAGCCUUGUCUGUAUUCACAAUGCAUCAGGAUUUGCUCCCGUCCGCCGUGACCUGAGUCCGGGCCGCGUUUCGUGUUGGACUCCCUUUGACUCAUUUUAGAAGCAUUAGGGCUGUCCUGACACCACCGCCUGCUCUGGCCCGGAUUUCUUUCCCAUAUUUGUAAAGUCCUUCCUUGAGUUGCUCUGAGGCCUCGGGGAUCUCUCAUGCCUGGCAUCCUGUAAGCUCUAAGCUCUGUUGCAGGGUGGACUGGGCCAAAGGGUCCGGGAGUUUCCUAACACUUGGACAGUUUCAGCUUGGAGCCCAGUUUUUUUGUUUCCUGUUGUCCAGUCCUCAGGCAGCCUGGUUGCUGAGAUUCUGAAGGUUGGAAAGGGUCUCCUGAGGUACUACAUCUGUACUGCGACACCUGCUCCGUGCCCAUCUGCAGAGAGUGCACACUGGGCCGCCAUGGCGGCCACAGCUUCGCCUACCUCCAGGACGCCCUACAGGACUCACGGGCACUCACCAUCCAGCUGCUGGCCGACGCCCAGCAGGGCCGCCAGGCCAUUCAGCUGAGCAUUGAGCAGGCGCAGACUGUGGCAGAACAAGUGGAGAUGAAGGCCAAGGUGGUCCAGUCGGAGGUCAAGGCCGUCACGGCGAGACACAAGAAAGCUCUGGAGGAGCGUGAGUGCGAGCUGCUGUGGAAGGUGGAGAAGAUCCGGCAGGUGAAGGCUAAGUCUCUCUACCUGCAGGUGGAGAAGCUGCGGCAGAAUCUCAACAAGCUGGAGAGCACCAUCAGCGCCGUCCAGCAGGUCCUAGAAGAGGGCCGAGCCCUGGACAUCCUGCUGGCCCGAGACCGGAUGCUGGCUCAGGUGCAGGAGCUCAAGACCAUCCGGGGCCUCCUGCAGCCCCAGGAAGAUGACCGAGUUAUGUUCACACCCCCCGACCAGGCCCUGUACCUUGCCCUCAAGUCUUUUGGCUUUGUCAGCAGUGGGGCCUUUGCCCCACUCACGAAGGCCGCGGGAGAUGGCAUCAAGCGAGCCCUUCAGGGAAAGGUGGCCUCCUUCACUGUCAUGGGCUAUGACCACAAUGGUGAGCCCCGCCUCUCAGGAGGUGACCUGAUGUCGGUGGUGGUCCUUGGCCCUGAUGGAAACCUGUUUGGUGCAGAAGUGAGCGACCAGCAGAAUGGGACCUACGUCGUGAGCUACAGGCCCCAGCUUGAGGGUGAACACUUGGUAUCAGUGACGCUGUAUAACCAGCACAUCGAGAACAGCCCCUUCAAGGUAGUGGUCAAGUCGGGCCGCAGCUAUGUGGGCAUCGGGCUCCCAGUGUUGAGCUUUGGCAGCGAGGGUGAUGGCGAGGGUAAGCUCUGCAGGCCCUGGGGCGUGAGUGUGGAUAAGGAGGGCUACAUCAUCGUGGCUGACCGCAGCAAUAACAGAAUUCAGGUGUUUAAGCCCUGUGGGUCUUUCCACCACAAGUUUGGUACCCUAGGAUCUCGGCCCGGGCAGUUUGACCGACCGGCGGGGGUGGCCUGCGACGCCUCCCGCAGGAUCGUGGUGGCCGACAAAGACAAUCAUCGCAUCCAGAUCUUCACCUUCGAGGGCCAGUUCCUUCUGAAGUUUGGCGAGAAAGGAACCAAGAAUGGGCAGUUUAACUACCCGUGGGAUGUAGCGGUCAACUCUGAGGGCAAGAUCCUGGUUUCAGACACCCGAAACCACCGCAUCCAGCUGUUCGGACCCGACGGCGUCUUCCUGAAUAAGUAUGGCUUCGAGGGAUCUCUCUGGAAGCACUUCGACUCCCCACGGGGCGUGGCUUUCAACCAUGAAGGUCACCUGGUAGUCACUGAUUUCAACAACCAUCGGCUCCUGGUUAUCCACCCCGAUUGCCAGUCUGCCCGCUUCCUGGGCUCUGAGGGCACUGGCAAUGGGCAGUUCCUGCGACCACAGGGUGUGGCUGUAGACCAGGAAGGGCGAAUCAUUGUCGCCGAUUCCAGAAAUCACCGUGUGCAGAUGUUUGAGGCCAACGGCAGCUUCCUGUGCAAGUUCGGUGCUCAAGGCAGCGGCUUCGGGCAGAUGGACCGCCCCUCAGGUAUCGCGGUCACCCCGGAAGGAUUGAUCGUCGUGGUGGACUUUGGCAACAAUCGAAUCCUCAUCUUCUAAUUUCUGUGUCUUCUGGGUUUUUCUGUGUUCAGGGUGCGCGUGUGUGUCUCGUUUUUGAAUUUCAAAGAAGAAAUCAUCUCAGGGAUAUUUGGGUUCCCCCCCCCCCUUAUUUUUGUUAUUAUUUUUUUUAAAGAACAAAAGUACAACAUCGCCUAAGUCCUACCUCAGCUUUUUUUCCCCCUUUUUUUUUUUUUUUUUUUUUUACAGAUGAAUGUAAUUCUCUUUUGUGCAGGGAUUGAACCUGUGAAGUGAUAAUUUCUAUCUACCUCAAAUCUUUGCAUUUCCUUCAAGAGCAUCCCUCUGUGCUCCCCGUUGAGUCCACAUCCCCUUCCCUCACGAAGGCGUGGGAGGCACAAGCCAGUGGUCCUGCAACCUUGAGGGCACUGGAAGCAUAUGGUGGGGGGUGCGUUUUGUGGAUUGAGCCAAGGAAACCCAAAAACUACUAAGUGAAGAGGAGACUUAUAAGAUGUCGGAAGAUAGGACUUAAAAUUCCUAACUGUAGUGCAUUUGUGUUCUUGAGAAUACUGUGUUUGUCUAUGUGGGGUUAGGUUGUGCUUUGGUCUUUUAUUUAGGGGAAAAAAGACUGUUUUAUCGAUGCAACAGAGCUUUCUACUCAGUGUGUCUAACAUCCUCAUCCCUAGGAGAUAUGGUUGUGGCUUGCUAGCCUAGAAAAGCAGACCAUUCAUGUUUUCGGGUGUCUCCCCUUUGUAUCUGUAAGGAAGGGUGUGUGUGCGUGCGUGCGCACGCGUACACCCACACGCACAAUUUUGUGUUUCAAAGCAGUCUUUGCUUCAGGAGACAAGCUGGACUUGACACGUGACAUCCUAAGCAAACUUCUUCCUGGUUUGCUGAGUGUACAUUUAGCUCAGGACUCUCAGUUGAAAGUGUUCUCAAAAGUUAA